CUCGAAGAAACGAGAAAAGGAUUCCCCUCCCAUUUUGAACUAAACGGUCCAGAGUCCCAGUCCCCACUCCCCAGGUUAGAUCAUGCGUCAGGAGGCCAUUUUGGUCAUUUCACUUUCACCACCAGAGACCCAAAAAUUUCGAAGACCCGCUCAAUAGAUUAUCAAAAAGCUCGUAUUUUGGAGGGAUAUACAAAGGGCGGCAAAUAUAUUCGCCGGCCUGCACGUGACCCCCCCACACUUCUCUCUCUCUCUCUUCCGAUGUCGUCGUCAAGGCUCCGAUCAUCAAUCUCGCCGUUCCGGUCACGAAAAUCGUCGUCGUCGUCUUCCUCCUCCUCUAAGCGUCCUACUACCCCUUCCUCCACUACUUCCGCCAAAGCUCCCACUCUACCGCCGGCAAAAUCAUCAUUUUCUCCGUCGACUCCUAGCUCCGACUAUCCACCGGGUUCUUCUGGAAAGACUAAGGAGAAUGUCACUGUUACCGUUAGGUUUCGUCCGCUCAACGCUAGAGAGAUAGGGAAAGGCGACGAGUUAGCUUGGUAUGCUGAUGGAGAUUAUACAGUCCGCAAUGAGAACAAUCCCAAAAUUGCUUAUAGUUUUGAUAAAGUUUUUGGUUCUGCUACAACUACACGCCAUGUUUAUGAUGUUGCAGCUCAGCAUGUGGUGGCGGUUUCGGGAAGAGAAAUUAGUCACCGGAAGCCUUUUUUUGGCGGCUUUUUCAAGGUUGUUUGCGUUUGCGUUGUCUUUGUCACUAUUGUGCAAAAUCCAAAACUACCACAAGAGUCACCACUGUCCGGUGACAAAAGCCCAUAA